ACAGCCCCUGUACCUCCUGCACUCCUGUCCUCUCACCCGAGUCUCUGCUGCUCCUUCCAACUGCUGCCCCAGCCCGACUCCAACCCCCAGCAUGACAGUGACAUACACAGCCCGAGUGGCCAAUGCUCGCUUCGGGGGGUUCUCCAAGCUUCUGCUGCUUUGGCGAGGGAGCAUUUACAAACUACUCUACCGAGAGGUGCUGAUCUUCCUCGGGGGGUACCUGGCACUGAGCGCCAUCUACCGCUUCAUCCUGACUGACAAUCAGAGGCCAUACUUCGAGAAGCUAGUCAUAUACUGCGACCAAUACGCCAACCUCAUCCCUGUCUCCUUUGUGUUGGGCUUUUAUGUGACACUGGUGGUGAAUCGAUGGUGGAGUCAGUACAGGUCUAUACCUCUGCCAGAUGCCCUCAUGUGCACAAUAUCUGGCUCGGUGCAUGGACGAGAUGAGCGGGGCCGCCUGUAUCGGCGUACGCUGAUGCGGUACGCAGGCCUUUCCGCUGUUCUCAUCCUUCGAUCUGUCAGCACGGCAGUCUUCAAACGCUUCCCCACCAUGGACCACGUGGUGGAGGCUGGGUUUAUGACCCGGGAAGAAAGGAAAAAAUAUGAGAGCCUGAAUUCAUCCUACAACAAAUACUGGAUACCGUGCAUCUGGUUUGCCAAUCUUGCUGCCCAAGCCCGAAAAGAGGGUCGGAUCCGAGAUAGCAGCACUUUCAAACUGCUCAUGGAGAAACUGGAUGAGUUCCGGGGCAAGUGUGGAAUGCUCUUUCAUUAUGACUGGAUCAGUGUGCCUCUCGUCUACACUCAGGUAGUGACCAUUGCAGUAUAUAGCUUCUUCCUGGCUUGCCUUAUUGGGCGCCAGUUCCUGGAUCCAACAAAGGGAUAUAAGAAUCAUAAUAUGGACCUCUGCAUUCCUAUCUUCACCCUGCUCCAAUUCUUCUUCUAUGUUGGCUGGCUCAAGGUGGCCGAGCAGCUCAUCAACCCUUUUGGGGAGGACGAUGAUGACUUUGAGACCAACUUUUUGAUUGACAGAAAUUUCCAGGUGUCAAUGCUGGCAGUGGAUGAGAUGUACGAUGACCUACCACUGCUAGAGAAGGAUUUGUACUGGGAUGCUGCAGAUGCCCGUGCUCCCUACACAGCAGCCACAGCUUUCAUGAUGCAUCAGCCCUCCUUCCAGGGCUCCACCUUUGACAUUACGUUGCCUAAAGAAGACAUGCAGUUCCAGCGCCUGGAGGGCAUGGAGGGCCAACUGGGGGAAGGUCCACCAGUAUCAGGAGACUUCUUGCACCGACUCCUAGCAGGUGGCUCUGGCCCAGGCCCUUCCACGAUCUUGGGCCGACGACUCUCCUUACUUCGGAGGAAGAAUAGCUGUGUGUCUGAAGCUUCCACCACAGCUGGCUGUCCUUGCCCAGACUGUGGCCAAGAUGACUCGGCCACAGGUCCCCUCCUGGAAACCCCCUCUGACCCAGAGGCUGCGACCCCUGCUACUCUUGCAUCUUCCUCUGUAGAGCCCUCCCCCUCUGUGGUGGUGGUACCCACAGCUCGAGGCCCAGCCCCUAUUCCUGCGCCAUUGCCUCCCUGGUUACCCAGCCCAAUUGGAGAAGAGGAGGAGAGCUUGGCCUGAGCCUGGUUGCUCACUGACUGACUGACUAUGCUAAGCAUUGGUCCUGAUGGAUGGCCAGCCACAGGAGAGAUAGGACUGUUGGACCCAGACAUCUCAGCAACCCACCCUAACAUAUAUUAUUGAAACACAGCUUCUAUAGCCCCAGGGGAAAUCAUCCUGCCUUCCAAAAUCAGGGUGGGAAAAAAAUGUCACUAAUGGCCACAGCUGUAAGAGUUAUCCCCAUUCUCCCCAAGGCCACAGGGCAACACCUGAAAGCCCUCCCCCUUAGGACCUAGAGGAGGCACCUGGUCCCUAAUCCUAGCAAUGCUACUGAAUACCUUUGUGACCCAGGGUAAGUCACUUCAGCCUCCAGUGUUUCUUUAUCCGUAAAGUUCUUGACACCUCUAAGGCCCAGAAUCCUAAGGGCAGAGGACUCUAUAAUCUAUAUCCUAACUCAGACCCUGAAGAGUCUCCACCCUGUGGCUGCUUCCACACAGAGAGAAGAACCCAGGCUGGUGGAUUUAGGAUUGUAUGCUUUAUUUAAUUCCUCAUCUCAGAUUUAGAAGAUUUGUCCCCCUCCUGAAUCACAUUUUUAAAAAGAGAAGGUGGGGCCCAGCCUGGCAGUACUGGGAAUGCAGAAAUCCAACUCCUCUCUGCCCUGAGAACCAGAGGUUAUAAAGGGGGAGGGACCCUUAGGAUAAACAUCUAAAAAAACAAAACUUGGGCUAAGGAAAAGGGAUGAGG